CACAAGGAACUUCAGCUUUCCCCUCCUCCCUCCCGUGCUCUGCUUGGCGAUUUUGGAAGCAGGAUGUCCAAGCACUGCGUCGUCGUCAUCUGGAUGCUGCUGCUGCUGCUGCUGCUGGGGGCGGCAAAGAUCCAUGGUGAUGGGAAUCCAACCAACCCGGCGGCUGCUGCUCCGGCAGGGAACCCGGCCAACGAGCUCGUGGCGCUGGUCAACGGCAGGAGGGCGGCGAGCAAGCUGCCGUUGCUGCGGAACAGCGCCGGCCUGGGCUGCAUGGCGCUGCAGUACAUCUCCGAGUGCAUGGCCAUGGCCGCCGCCGCCUGCAGCAGCGACAACACGGUGGCGUGCCAGCCCCCGGAGGCCCACAUCACGGAGGUGUACGCCACCAACUGCGGCGUCGAGCUCCCCACGGUGGACAUCAUCUCCGGCCGCCUCGUCGGCUGCUGCAACCACCGGGAGGACGUGAUGGUGGCCUCGGCCAUGGCCAAUGGCAAUGGCAGCACCCAGAGCCAGAUGAUGCUGGGAAAGGAGCACUCCCAGGUGGGCGCCGCCUUGGACCGCCACGGCCGGGACGGGCCCUUCUUCUGGUGCCUCCUCUUCAGCAGCGGCAGCGCCAACUCCACCUUCCUGCUCGACGCCGGCGGCAAGGGCAUCCACCAGACCCACGGCUGCUUCAGCGCUCCGGACACCACCACCUGCAACGCCGCCGCGCCUGUCGCCGGCGCCGGCGCCCUCCUACUCCUAUUCCUCUUCCAUUUCCUCCCCAUCCUCCUCCUCUCCUGAUUCACUCCCAAGUCCCAAGAGUCCUAGGAGGAAUGGAAUGGAAAGGAAUGGAGCAUGUAUUCCUAGACAAGUAGACAGUGCAGAAUGGCUGAUGCAAAAACAAAUCCUUGACUUGGACAAUGAGUAGGUAAAUAAACAAACUGAAAAUGCAUGCCAAUACAGUUCCAUUCCAUGA